AUGUAUGACGCUCGACAGACGUACUUUGAUAAAGAUUCAUCCCUUCAUAAUAUCAGCAAUCUUAGUGAUAAAAAGGAUUAUCAUUUUUAUUAAAGAGAUCUAUUAGCAGAGUUAAAUCAUAGUUAAUAAAGAUUAACUGUUUAAGAAUUGGAAAAUAAAGUAGUUAUGUUAGCUACUGAAAAUGAAAGAUUAUUAUCAUAAUUAAAUGAUAAAAAUAGAGAAAUUGAAUUGUUAUAAGAAGAAUAAAGAAUGUUAUAGAAUGCUUACUAAUAAUAGAAGGAUGAGAGAUAUAGAACAAUUGAAAAUAGAACUACAAAAAUGAUAUAUGAAAAUGAGAAGGUAGUUUUAAUGAAUUAGAGUUUAUAAAUCUAAUUAGAAGAGCUAUCUUAUCAGUAUGAAUCAUUAUAAAAAAAGUUUUAAGUUGAAACUGAAAUAAUUGAAUAAAAAUGGAAAGCUCAUUAUGGAGAAUUAUAUGAAUAAUAAAAUAAGAAUUUGACUGCAAAUAUUGAGAAGCUUCUAAAUGAAUUAAAAUAAAAUUCAGAUCUUAUUUAAUCUUAUGAAGAGAAAUUAAAGAGUUAUUCUAAAGAAUUAUAAAUUGCUAAAGAAUAAAUUGAUUAUAAAGAUAAAAAAGGAAAUGAAUUACUUAAUAAUAAUCAAUAAAUCACUAAUAUUAUUGAAUAAUAGGAUGCAGUUAUAAAGAAGAAUACAGAAAAGAUCUAAUAAUUAUAAAUAUAAUUAGAAUAAUAAAUUAAUGAGAAUAGAUAAUAAAAAUAGAAAUUGAUCAAUUAUGAAAAGGAUAUAGAGAAUAGAAGAAUAAAAUAUGAAGAAUUGAUUAUUUAAUUUGAAGAAUUGAAAUUAUUAGAAAAAGAAGAAAGAUUAUAAUUAGAAAAAAAUGAAUAAGAAUUUUAACAAUAUAAAAUUGAAAUUAAUUAAAUGAAAUCCAACUUAAAUGAAUUAAAUAGAAAUCAUAAAUUAUAAAAUUAAGAAAAUUAACAUAAUUAUAAUAAGGAAAUUAAUAAUCUUAAAAAGUAAGUUUAAUAAGUAAUUAUGGAAAAUGAGGAUUUAUAAAAACUACUUAAUUAAACUAGAUAAAAUUUAAAUUAUGAAAUUACUAAAACCAAUAAUCUAGAGAAAUAAUUAGCAGACAAUGCUUAAGAAAUUAUAACUAAAGAAUAAUAAUUACUUAUGCAAUAUAAAGAAUUAGAAGCUUAAAAAUUAAAAUUUGAUAAACUAUUCCAAGAGAAUACAUCAUACUUAAAAUAAUAGUAAAACCAAUUUGAUAUUAAAUUGUUAUAAAAUUAACAAUAAAAUAAAUUAGUAAUUAUUAUUAUUAUAAAGUUAGUAAACAGAACAAAUUUUACUAUAAAAAAAUAAAGAAAUUAACAAUCUAAAUGAGAAAAUCAAUGUCUUAUUAUAGAAAAUAGAUGAAUAGACUUCCUACAUCUAAUAAUUAACUUAUCAAAGUAAUAUGAAAGGUGAGGAAAUUGAAGAAACUAGACCAUAAAUACAAAGUCUUAGAAAUGAAUUACAUAGACUUUAAUAACUAACAGUAGAAUAGAGUAAUGAGAUAGAUAAUUGGAAAUUAAAGACAAUACGUAUGGAAGAAAAUUAUGAAAUGUAAAAUAAAGAUUAACUUGAGAAGUUAUAACGAUUUUAAGAUGAAAUACAAUAACUUUAAACCAAAUUAAAUAAAUUAUAAGAAGAAAAUAUCAAAAUAACAAAUAAUUUAUAAGAAACUUUAUCUAAUUUAAAUUAAAUACAAUAAUUAUUAUCAGAAACCCAUUAAUAAUUGAAAUUUGCAGAAAAUAAAAUUGAAAUUUAAUCUCAAGAAUUAGUUGAAACUAUUUAAUUAAGAGAAUAAAUGAAUUUACUUAAAGAAAAACAUCAAAAAGAAAUUGAAGCUUUAAAAAAGGCUGUAGAUUCAAGUUUGAAAGUUAAAAUUGAAAAAGAGAUUGCUUAAGAGAGAGAAAAACUUGAAAAUUAUUCUUAAUAAAUUACAUUAGAAAAAAGAGGUUUAGAAAAUGUUAUUUAAAAUUUAAAUACAGAAAAUUAGUUGUUAAAAACAGAGAUAAUGUAACAAUAAGAAUAUUUUAAAUUGCAAGUGUAAGAUCUAAUUGUAGAUUAAUAGAAGCAUUUAAUAAAUAUAGAUCAUGUAUAUAAGUAAAAUAAAUAUUAACAUAUUAGAUUAGAAUUAAAAGGAUUAUCUGAAGCUUAAUAAAUUCAAUACAAUUCAUUUGUUGCUCAUUUGCAUUCAUAAAUUGCAUCAUUAAUAGAAGAGAAUAAAAAUUUAAAGGAAUAAUGUUAAUAAUGGUAAUAAUAACUAAAAAAAUCUGAAAAGCAAAGUUCAAAACUAAUUACUGAAAUGGGUAAUAUAUUAUAAUUAACUAUAUUAAUAGAAUGCCGAGUCUAAUCAUUAAAAAAAGAUAACAGUAGACUAAUUGAUGAGAAAUGUUAAGAAAAAUCUAAGAGCAGAUUUCUUGAGACUUAAAUAAAGCGUUCUACUCCUGUUCGAGAAGUUCGGUCAUCUUCAACCUAUGUUAUUGGAACUCCAAUUAGGAAUAGGAAUGGUCGAUAAUCGGUUCUAAGAGAAAUAGAUUUAAUUAAUCAUUAUUAUUGA